AUGUACCGAGAGAGCCCCGCACCAGUGCCGAGAGAAGACAACGAGAUCGACGAGGAUUAUAGCACUUGCUCGUCAGUUAGCAGCUAUGAUUCUGAUGCGCAAGCAGAGUGGGACGAGUCGUUCCGCCAGAUCCAGUUCAUAUUCUCUGCCGUCAUCUUCCCGCUUCUGGGUAGAUUUGUAGGACGACAAUUUGCAAUCAAAUUGUUUACAAAAUUCUCCGUUGCGCAAGCACUGAAAAAUAUCAUUUAA